AUGGCAAGCCUACUCCGGCGAUCGGCGGUACCCGCGCGCCAGCUCCUCCUCCUCCCGCGCCACCUCGCCGCCGCCGCCGGCUCCGCCCCCGCCUCGUCCCGCCCGUUCUCCCGCUUCCACUCCCGCGACGACAGCUCUAUGUUCGACCCGCCGGAACCGCCGGUGAACUGGGGCGUGAGCAUAGUUCCGGAGAAGAAGGCUUUCGUCAUCGAGAGGUUCGGGAAGUAUCUCAAGACGCUCGGCUCCGGGUUCCACCUCCUGAUCCCCGCCGUCGACCGUAUUGCCUACGUGCACUCGCUCAAGGAGGAGACCAUCCCCAUCCCCCACCAGAACGCCAUCACCAAGGACAACGUCACCAUACAGAUCGACAGCGUCAUCUAUGUCAAGAUCAUGGACCCCUACCUUGCUUCCUAUGGUGUGGAGAAUCCAAUCUAUGCUGUCCUACAACUUGCACAAACAACCAUGAGAAGUGAACUCGGGAAGAUAACCUUAGACAAGACUUUUGAGGAGAGAGAUGCAUUAAAUGAGAAAAUUGUGAGUGCCAUCAAUGAAGCAGCCACAGAUUGGGGCCUGAGGUGUAUCCGCUAUGAGAUCAGGGACAUAACUCCUCCAACAGGGAUUAAGCAGGCUAUGGAGAUGCAGGCUGAAGCAGAAAGGAGAAAACGCGCCCAAAUCCUUGAAUCAGAAGGGAAGAAACAAGCCCAAAUCCUUGAAUCGGAAGGGAAGAAAACUGCCCAGAUCCUUGAAUCUGAAGGAGCUAUGUUGGAUCUAGCAAACCGUGCGAAGGGUGCGGCCGAAGCAAUUCUUGCCAAGUCAGAAGCUACUGCUCGUGGAAUGAGAUUGGUUUCAGAUGCGAUGACAACUGAAGGCAGUGCCAAGGCUGCUAGCCUAAAACUUGCAGAGCAAUACAUCGAAGCAUUCUCAAAUCUGGCACAAAAGACAAAUACAAUGCUCCUUCCAGGCGACAGUGCCAGCCCAGCAUCUUUCGUGGCCCAGGCGAUGAAGACGUAUGAGCAUGUCCAUUCCCACAACCAGGCAUUAAAGAGCCACCCCCAGAUAGAAGAGCUGGAGGAAUCAGGAGAGACCCCAUCUUCUGAGGCGAGCACGAUGCCACCACUCAAUGAGGAAGCAGAUUCGAACCCGACCUUCUCGCUGCAACGCCCCAAGAACAAGAAGUGA